CUGGCGGACUGUGUGGGACCAUAGUGGACGCUGGACAUCGAAAUGAAAUUGGGAGAUAACAUGACUAUGGAAGCGUACAACAUAUGGGGCGAUGUUGCUCCGCGAAAAUGUCGGCCACCAAAGAUCGGCGAUAUUCCAAAACACAGCGCGAUCGACGAAGAGUCGCCAAGUUCGAUCUCCAAGCCCCUGACAGCGACUACGCCAGAAUCCAGGGAUCCUUCGCUGGACAUUCCUCUGGACACCUCGAGAAACAUCGUUUUUCCAUUAGCCUCUAGCGCCUCUACCGAUCAAUUCUCCUCCGUUCGAAGAUUCGAGACAAGAACAGCUUUACCAUGCAAGGAAUCCACCAGAUUUCAAUAUCCAACAACGAAAAAGGAGUCUCUGAGCAUCCUGAAUAGGUGUCCUUGCUCUCUGGAGCAACCAGUGAAAUCACUAAUCGAAAAACCAAGUCUAGACAGACCAACGGACCAAAUAACAGACAGAUUCAUCUACUCAAAAGGCAAAGUUACAAUUAAUUUACCCUCUGAAGAGACAGCUACCUCGAAAAUCAAGGAUCUUGAGGAUUCUUCGAGGAUUCCAUCAAGUCCUGAAGAUAUUUCUGACCAAGAAGUUAUAGAAGUGCGAAAGGACAGUGCUUUGUUCUUGGAGGAAGCUGAAGGGCUUCCCACUUUGAGGGAAAUCCUGAAAUCUAGAGCUCCAAGGAUCAUUAGACCAAGAAGAGAGAGCAGUGGAUACGCGAGCAAUUUGGGAACAUUUGACGAGGAUAGAAGGAAUUCGUCGUCUGCAGACGUGUCACAGGAUUUGUCCUUGUUCUUCAAAGAGAGGAGGAGAUCUUCGACUGGACCUAAGAGGUUGAAUUCGAGAGUGAUCCUGGGGAGAGCCGAGGAGAGCCUGACUGAGGACGCCGAGGUUGAAAGGAUGCCUACCACAGAGGUUCACAGAAAAGUGUCUGCAGCUGGCUUGGAUAUGCCUAAUAUCGAGGAGGUGAAGGAGGUGCUGAGGGAUGAGCUACCUUUUAGACAAGAGAGUCUGGAUAAUCUGUGCAGUCUGAUGAAGAAUGUCAGCACUGAGGACUUCUCCCCACGCUGUCGCCUCUUAGGAGAGCCAACAGACCGCAUCACGUCACCAAGGGACUCAACAGACGUCUCAAUUACCUCCGGGCACAAAGACACAACGCCAAUCUUCGACACCACUUCCCUCAGCGACUCUAUCAACCGUCCAACAUCUCCAUCUUCAAAGAGUCCAACUCAACUUACUCGUCAUUCUGUUAGUUCAUUAUCCUCAAACUUAACAUCUCAAAACACCAUCAAACCCAUUAAUAUACCCAACGAUCCUUGGAAUCAAUCAAAAGCUAUCAGUACUGAAAGAUCUAGGACUAGAUCCUCGAGAAUCAACGAAGAACACUUGAGAAACGUUCCAACUCUUCAAAGUAAAAAUGAGACAGUCCAAGCACCACCUACCAGAGAGGAUAUUCAGUUCAAUGUUCUUCCAAGGUCUGUCAAAAUGUACCAAUUUCUCUCGACUCAGUCUGAAGACACAGCCGAGGGUGAACAGUACUUGGACAGAAGGAUAUCCUUUCAAAUAUCCAAGCAGGACGACGAAAUUGCUUCUGCUGUAUCAUCCGCAGAGUCCAGGGGUAUGUCUUUAAACAAGUCUUCGAGUGUUUAUACAUUGAAGAACAGCGUUUCUGGGGAUAUUCAAAUGUUGACGUCUGCUGAUGCUGCUGAUGACUUGAAUAUUAGAAAGGCAAUCACUCCUGGUGAAGUGGGUGCGAGCCAAAGGUUCCUUGGAGACGCCUCUAAUGUCUCAGUGAGGCCUAUUUAUCCUUAUUGCCCUUACUCGCCCUAUGGGAGUCCUCAGGGGUCACCUAGGAACAGGAGGAGGCCUCUGAGGGAGAGCAGGAGAGUUUCCAUUGAUAACAGGCAAGGAGCUCUUCAGCUGAAUCAGUACAAGUUGUUGGAUAACAUUGGCCAGGGUUCUUAUGGGAUCGUGAAGCUAGCUUACAACGAGGAGGACAAGACCCAUUACGCCAUGAAGAUUCUGAGCAAGAAAAAAUUGAUGAAGAAGGCGGGUAUCUUCGGCAGAAUGGCCCCAGGCAAAAAAGGCUCAGCCAACCCUUUGGCAAAAGUUUAUAGGGAGAUCGCGCUGUUGAAGAAAUUGGAUCACCCGAACGUGGUGAAACUGGUUGAAGUCCUCGACGAUCCAGACGAGGACAACCUUUACCUUGUUUUCGAACUGGUCCAGAGAGGGGAAAUUCUUCAAGUACCCACUGACAAGCCUUUAGACGAAGAGACUGCCAGAAAGAACUUCCGUGACGUUGUAUUGGGCGUGGAAUAUCUGCACUACCAAAGGAUAGUCCAUCGCGAUAUCAAACCCAGCAACCUGUUGGUGGACAGCGACGGUCGCAUAAAGAUCGCUGACUUAGGCGUGAGUGCAGAGCUGAGAGCGUGUGGGGAAUUAUUAUCCGGGCCAGCUGGCACCCCUGCGUUCGCGGCACCCGAAACAACCACACCUGGCGCCCAUUAUUCCGGAACGUUGUGCGAUGUGUGGUCAAUGGGGGUGACACUUUAUUGUCUGGUGACCGGAAGAAUCCCGUGGGACGGCUCCGGAAGUAUAAUCGGCGUGCAAGCGGCAGUUCGUACUGAGCCGCUGAAAUUUCCGGCAAAGCCAACCGUCUCCGACGAUCUACGCGAUUUGAUCUCGAAAAUGUUGGCCAAGGAGCCAACAGAAAGGAUCACACUGUCAGAGAUCAAAGAACACGCAUGGCUGACCAAUCACGGCGCCCAGACACUGCCCAGUGAAACCGACAAUUGUCGACUUCCGGUCACUGUUACAGACGAAGAGGUGGAACGAGUGGUCACGAGGAUUCCUAAGUUGGACACACUGAUUCUUAUCAAGACUAUGCUGAAACAGCACAGCUUUCAGAAUCCUUUCCUGUCAAAAAAGAGCGGCAAAAGGACGUGCACCGACACAGCGGUGAACAGUAUAGAAUUGUCGUCCCCGUCAAGAAGAGCCGAGGAGAGCUUGCCAGGCAGGAAAACGAUCAGAAACGCGAAGUCUGAGCGAUUCCAAAGGACUGGCAGAAGCAAUUCCGCGCCGGACUCCUACGACUGGCAAACAAAUGGCAGACAAAUAUCCAUAGACAGUCCUCUGCCGCCGCUGACAGAAGCGUCCAACCAGGAAACAGAAUUCGAGAGGCGGUGAUACUGCUGAGAAACUCGGACCUGCUCUACGAAGAGAACCACGAUCAACCAUCUGGUUGAUGAACACGGUA